GACAAGACUACUUGCAUAUCGUACGCUAUCUGGGGCCAGAUCAUUGUGCGAUUGCGCGUUCGAUAGUUAAAGAGAAUCGUGACUUGAGAGUGUUAGGAAGAUCAUUGAACACAUCAUGGCAGCAGACGCAAAAGCCGCGUGGGAUACCCACGUCGACACACGCACAGGUGCCACACCACCAAAGCCAGCUGAACCAUCUGAGUUGUCCAAACUACGGAACACACUUGGAGGUCCCUUCAAGUCACUUGCAGGUCUGGUAGGUGCGGCUGCAAGCCCCGUACCCGACCAGACCGGGGAUGGCAGCAAGAUUACGCCAGAGGAGAAGGCAAGCCUGUACAAAAAGAUCGAAGACGGUCUAAAAGACAUGUCCUAUCUUAGAAUUGAGAAUAUCCAGACUUUGCUCGAGACGCAGAGAGAGAAGUUGAUGGGCGCGUAUACCGACGAUAAGACGUAUCUCAUGGAGGGGCUGAUCCGGACUGCUGCUGCGUUGCCUGAUGGCUCGAAGACAAGGGAUGCAGUCACGCACAAGUUUCUGGAACAGCUAUGGAAUGACCUGCCGCACCCACCGCAAUCCUAUCUUGGAGCAAAGUAUCAAUACCGGUCAGCGGAUGGGUCUAAUAACAGCCUUGUCAACCCGCAGGUCGGUGCAGCAGGAACCCCUUAUGCUAGGACGGUCAAGCCGUCUUCGAUGCAAACCCCUGCGCGACCAGAUCCAGGAGUCGUGUUUGACAGCAUCAUGACGAGGAAGCAUGCUGAGCACCACCCGAACAAGAUCUCAAGCAUGCUGUUUUACGUGGCUUCUAUCAUCAUUCACGACUGCUUCCGGACCAGUCACGAAGACUUCUCGGUGUCUAUGACUUCGUCGUACCUGGACCUCUCGCCUCUGUACGGCAGCAAUCAAGCCGAGCAGGAUCAGAUGCGGACGCACGUUGAUGGAAAGAUCAAGCCAGACUGCUUUUCCGAAGCGCGGCUGCUGUUCUUCCCGCCUGGCGUGGGAGCGUUGUUGAUCAUGUUCAACCGGUUUCACAACUAUACCGUGGAAAACUUGGCCACUAUCAACGAGCAAGGCCGCUUCACGAAGCCUCCAGCUGAAGCACCAAAGGCAACCGGCGACGAAACGGCGGACCAAAAGGCAAAGGAGAAGUAUGAAGCGGCGUGGAAGAAGUACGACAACGACCUCUUCCAGACUGGUCGGCUUAUUACCUGCGGACUCUACGUCAACAUCAUCCUCAUCGACUACGUCCGGACGAUCCUCGAUCUCAAUCGCACCGACAGUAACUGGCAGUUGGACCCACGUCUUGACAUCGAUGGUGUACCGAUGGGAGUCGGAAACCAAGUCUCCGCCGAGUUUAACUUAGUGUACAGGUGGCACUCCUCAGUCUCCGACCGAGACGAGAAGUGGACAAAAGAGAUGUGGGAGGGCCUUUUCGGAGAAGGUCGCGACCCCAAGACAGUCGGCAAAUACGAGUUCCUCGCCGGCCUAAAUGAGGUGUACAAGAAAACUGAUGCUGAUCCAUCGAAGCGAAAGUUCGCUGGCCUCGAACGAAAAAAAGACGGUACCUUGCCGGAUCAAGAGCUUGUCGACAUCCUGACCUCCAGUAUCGAAGAUUGCGCCAACUCUUUUGGCCCAAAUAGGGUGCCUUCCAUCUUUCGCGCCAUUGAAGUUCUCGGUAUUGAACAGGCGCGAGCAUGGAAUUUGGGGAGUCUGAACGAGUUCAGGAAGUACUUCCACCUGGAACCGCACAAUACCUUCGCAGACAUUACGAGCGACAAGUAUGUCCAGGAGCAGCUGAAGCACCUCUACGACCACCCGGAUAAGGUCGAAAUCUACCCCGGUAUCGUCGUCGAAGAUGGAAAGAAGCCCUUGGCCCCUGGAUCGGGCCUGUGUCCCUCAUACACCGUGUCUCGCGCCGUCCUCUCCGACGCCGUAGCUCUGGUGCGCGGCGACAGGUUCUACACGCACGAUUAUAACCCGCGAACACUGACAAACUGGGGGUACCGCCUCGUCGACUCGGACAACGAUGUCGACAAUGGCUGUGUGUUCUACAAGCUUUUCCUCCGCGCGUUUCCACAGCACUUCAAGUACAACAGUGUGUAUGUACACUAUCCCCUCACUGUCCCAUCGGCUAUGGAGGUGGCGCUCAAAGACCUGAAGAAAGACCACCUCUACGACUUCGCGAAGCCGAAAGCGACUGUUCAUCCACAUCUGGUCAGCGAGUACAAACUUGCUACGGAGAUUAUGCAAGACCAGGGUACUUUCAAAGUCGUCUGGGGCAAGGCGAUGGAAUACAUCAUGGGCGAUGCGGCAAAAGACUUCAUGCUCGCCGGUGAUGGGCCGAAGAAUACUGCGUCCCGCCAGAUGGUGUCAAAGGCGCUGUACAUCUCCGACUGGGACAAAGAAGUGCGCUCGUACUACACGGCAAAGACUCGAGAGCUAUUGCAAGAAAAGUCAGCCAAGAUUGCAGACUUCAACCAAGUCGACAUCAUCCGAGAUGUAGGGAACCUCGCACACGUCCACUUUUGCGCCGAGCUGUUCAUGCUUCCGCUCAAGACCGACGCGUCGCCACAUGGAAUCUUCACAGAGUCGGAACUAUACCUCAUCAUGUCCGGUGUCUUCGCAUUGAUCUUCUUCGACGUCGACCCGGCCGGCUCCUUCCCACUGCACGUAAAAGCGCACAAAGCCACGCACAUCCUCGGCUCCAUCAUCGAGACAAACGUCCAGGCCAUCGCCUCCUCUGGCUUCCUCUCGUCCGUCAUGCAAGCCAUCUGGCCGCACGACUCGGUCCUCAAGUCGUACGGCAAACACAUGAUCCAGCGCCUCCUGCAGAGCGGCAUGGACCCCAAGCAACUCGUCUGGGGCCACCUGCUCGGCACAGCCGGCGGCAUGGUAUCCAACCAAGGCCAGCUCUUCAGCCAAACGCUCGAAUACUUCCUCCUCGGCGACGGAAAACAGCACUGGUCAGCGAUCCAAGCCCUCGCGCACGACGACAGCGAUGCCGCAUUCGAGAAGCUAAUGCACUACACCAUGGAAGGCGGGCGUCUGAACGGCGAAACAGGCGUCGUCCGCGCCGUAGCGAAGGAAACUUCCAUCACUGAAGCAGGCAAAACAACGCAUCUGUCCGCCGGCGACGCCGUCUUUGUCAAUCUGCGCGCUGCGUCGCAUGAUCCUGCCAUCUUCCCUGAUCCAGACCAAGUCGAUAUCACGCGCCCGCUUGACGUGUAUGUGCAUCUGGGCCAUGGUCCGCACCAGUGUCUGGGGCUGCCGAUGACGCGCAUCAGCCUCACUACGAUGCUGAAGGAAGUUGCUAAGCUGAAGAACUUGCGGCCGGCGCUGGGACCGCAGGGGAAAGUGCAUAAGGUUGCCAAGGCGAUGGUUGCGGACGAAAAGUAUCCGUAUCAUGCGUAUUUAACGGAGAAUUGGGAUAUGUAUUUUCCGUUUCCUUGUGCGCUUAAGGUGGUUUGGGACGAUUAGGUGGACGUGGUCGAUUUCCAAGUGUUAAAAAGAUGUGGAAAUAGCU